AUGAAGACCGCCGCCAUCAUCCUCGCCGCCGCCGCCCUGGCCAGCGCCCAGGCUCCCCCCGAGGGCACCAACAAGGUCAACUGCGCCAAGCCCAACGCCAACUACUGCCUGUCUGGCGAUAUCAUCAUCCGCUGCGACGCCAACGGCCUGGGCACUGCGGGCCGCUGCUCCGACAACGUUGCCGGAUACCCUCCUCUGGGCGGCGUUGCCGAGUGCUGGCAGAGCAGCAAGACCUCUGGUGAUGCUGCUUGCCAGAAGAACUGCGUCGUCUACGCUCAGCCUGCUGCCUUCACUCUGCCCGCCUCUCAGUGCCAGCCCAGCGCCGUUGUCACCGCCACCGGCACCGGUACUCCCACCACCCUGGAGACGUCUGCCGUCACCUCUGCUCCUCAGACCUCUGCCCCUGCCGGCACUGACACCGUUGUCUACACCACCACCGUCGUCAACGGAACCGUCACCCUGACCGUUCCUUGCACCACCGCCGUGGCCACUUCCGUCACCGGAAUUGUCAUCCCUCCCCCGAUUGUUCCCACCACUGCUGCGUCCAACUCUACCGUUGUGAUCCCCCCCAUCACCGUUGUUACUCCUCCCUCCGGCACUGGCGCUCCUCCUCCUCCUCCCGCCGGCGGCAACCAGACUGCUCCCGCCGGCUCCAACACUCCCGUCGGACCUACCACCACUGGCAGCACUCCCCCCGUCCCUACUGGCGGCGCUGUUGCCAACCGCGCUACCGGUGCUCUGGUCGCCAUGGGUCUCGUCGCUGCUUACCUGCUGUAA